AUGCCUUCAGUGCCUCCAUUUUCACGAUCAGAAAAGGUCGAAGAUUACGCCAAACAAUGUGCACCUAUCACAUGGGCUGAACGUGACAUCAAAUCCGCCGAUGGCACUGCAAUCAAGCUUCUCGAAAGCCGCGUCAAUGUGUCUCGAGAGAAGCAGGACCAAUCGCACAAGAUUGUCUUGUAUCUGCAAGGCAAUGCUUCCUCGUUACCACCACGUCUGCCAUAUUUGUCGAGUAUCUUGCGGAGUUUGAUGGCCAAUGACUCCGAUGAACAACAAUAUACCAUCAUUGCUUUGUCUUAUCGUGGAUAUUGGAAAUCCAAAGGCAGGCCCUCUCAGCAGGGAAUCGAGCUUGAUGUCGAGGCUGCGCUUAAUUGGCUGCUGAAGCAGUAUGAUACCCGGACCAAAGUCAUCGUCUGGGGUCAGUCCAUCGGUGCAGGAGCUGCUUCCGUUGGUCUGGCCAACCUAGUAAAGCACUGCCCUGGGUCUGCGAAUCGCAUAUCGGGUCUACUGCUUGAAACACCUUUUGUUGACCUGAGAACAAUGCUGGUGGCACUGUAUCCUCAAAAAUUCCUGCCAUAUCGCUAUUUAGCACCAUUUUUGCUCUCAACUUGGGACAGUAAAAGUGCGAUCAAAGAUAUUGGAGGUGUAAGAUCAGGGCUAAGGACACUGAUCUUGGAAGCUGGCGAUGAUGAGAUUGUGCCGUCUGGACAAGGAGCCAUACUUGAGACACUGUGCAAAAACGAGGGUAUGGAGGUUGAGAGGGCAACAGUCCCAGGAGCAUUACACACUGAGACUAUGGCGAAGCCUCGUGGUAGACAGCAUAUCGUUGAAUUUCUGAAAUCAUUUUAA